AUGGAGUCCGCAGCUGGCUAUCCGGAGUCUCCGAUGGAAGCAGACGAUGCAGUCUAUCCAUGCAAAGGCUGUGGCGAGAUCCUGGAAGAAGGAAAGGCCUUCGAACUUGACUGUUUUCGAUGCAACACUUGCGGCACCAUCCUCGAUUCCGACGCAAACCUCCUCCUCCUGGGUGACGGCUCACUCAUCUGUAAUAAUUGUACUUAUAGUUGCAGUGUCUGUGGAAAUAAGAUAGAAGACUUGGCCAUUCUCACGGGCGAUCAAGCAUUCUGUGCUAAUUGCUUCAAAUGCCGGAAUUGCAAAAAGAAAAUUGAAAAUCUCAAAUAUGCGCGAACUUCGCAAGGGAUCUUUUGUAUGGAAUGUCAUGAAUCGUUGAUGCAGAGGAGGCGGAAAAAGUCUCAAAAGAAUGCUACUAGCCGGCACAAGCAUAUUCCUCCGCCCUCGAACAGUACCAUGCUACUCGACAAAUCACUACCAUCUCUUCCUCCGAGCGCCGUGGAUCGUAGCGCUGUAGCUGCCUUUCCCACCGAGAACAACAGUCCUAUAUCAGAAGCAUAUUCAGAGGUCCCAACAGAGACAACAGCGUCCCAUGGCCAGAGGCCGUCGUAUUCAAGAACAAGAUCGGACAUGGGAUCGCCAGAACUUUCUCGCACAAAUCAGAAAAGACCACCAUACGGCAGAUCUGCUUCAUCGACGAGCGAAAAGCGCAACAGGUCAAAUUCACAGGAAGAGGAGCAGAAAGAAUCUCUUGCUCCUCCACAUCCAAGUCACACCGACAGACACUCCACCCAUUCUGACGGGUCAGCUCUUGGGGAAGACUUUUUUAUACCUAUGAAACUUGACCCUAACUUGGCCCCGGGUCCCUCCCCUAUUGCUCGUAGGGAAAACAACGAAGCAAGAAGCCCUCCUCAAGCAGAAAACAAGCCGAACUCUAAAGAUUAUUUCAAUGCUAGAUAUCCACCUACUCGAAGUCGGACGACUGAAGAACCUUUGCAGAAACUGUCUUCGGCUGAAUCUGGACAUGGCUCCCGAAAUUCUUCUCAGCCUAGCAGUCCCCACAUUGCACAUCAAUAUCAGGAUAGGGGUAGACAAUUGUCGUCUGACUUCACGUCGGAUCUUGGCCGAAAGAAGAUACACCAUGCCAACAAUAAUUCCAUCAAUGCCGUUGCACGAGAAGCAGUACAAGAAACCGCUGGCAACGAGGCUCGACCCCGACGGAAUGGAGAGAAUCAUAAUGGCAGGUUUAUGUUGCAAGAAGUACCCAAAAGCAAAAAAACCGAGAAGAGAAACUCGAAGGAACGACAGCAUCCUCUAGCUAACUCCUCAGGAUCUUUGUCUAAGCGACGAGUUGACUCAGUCACUGCGAACAAUCAGGUAAAAGAACAACAGGUCACAUUGUCUCCCAAUGACUCUUCAGAUUCAUCCAGAUCAGAUGCGACCCUAAGCGGAUCUCCAAAUGAGUCUCAGCCCAAUAGGAAUCACGUCCCCACCGAGCCCCGUACAUCGCCUUUGAGCACCCAGCUCAAAAAUGUGCCAGAAAGAGGCGAUUCCCUUAAUAAGUCUGGGCAACAGCCGCCACCACGGCGAACAGUUGAAUCGAGCGCUCCUAGCAAGCUGUCGAAUUCUGUUGCGGCGUCCGACAAUCAGCUAGAUCUCCCUGCUUCGGCGCCUCCCAGCACAACAAUACCGUCUGGAGCUAUCACGGCCAACAGAAGCCUUCCGAGAUCGUUAGAUUCACCUGCUAGCAGCAACUUUGCUGAUACACCACCACAUCCGCCACUACGGGCAAAGGAACGUCUAGCUCAACUAGAGGACGAUUCAUCAAGCGAUUCUUUCGUCACACCAAGGGCUCCACCCCACCCACCUUCUAAUCGACCUAAAGCUGAGCCGUCAAGUCUCCGCAACGGCGAUUAUGCCACGUCGCCAAGAUUACCUCGAUACAACGAUAAGGACGACUUUUCAUGGGAGGAUGAGACAUCCCGCACUCCAGGAACCGACAAUCAGCAGGAACAGGGAGGCUUCCUUCGUCGUGUAUCUCACUCGCUAGAGGCAGAAAAGCAGAGAGUUCAAGAGCUCGAAAUCGCCUUGGAUGCUAAGAGCAGUAUCAAGCAGAUGAACUCAGAACUCAAAGAGAAAAGGUCAACCAUGGUCGUUCUAGAUACCCAGAAGCAAAUCGUUGUGCGCGAAUUGGAAGCUUUGACGGAGCAUAUUGCGGCCGCAAAACGGAGUGAAGAGCCUUUCGAUAUUAGCAAGAUGACGAAUUCUGUGCUUCGGGAUUUUGCUCAAAGCCUCCAGGGGCUCAAGGAAUCCUUUCAGCCCCAAAUUGAGGAACUUAUACAACGUAGAAAUGAAGUGGCUGAUGAGCUCACGGCCAAGAACUCUCAAUUGGCAGACCUCAACAAUCAGCUGGUGCAUCAAAUACAGGAGCUGUACAAGGCAAACGCUGGGCCAGCAAUAGACGUCAGGCCAACGCCAAAUGGCCUGGGUAUAUACAACGCGCAAAUACAGAAGGAAAAGGGAGGCUCUAUUGAGAUUCGAGAGCAUCGACCGUCGUAUGCGGAAAGCAAUCUCACCGGGUCGACAGCAGUGCCCGAGCAUGAGACGGAGCCAGCAUAUCUUGCUGCCCCGCAGGUUGUCAACAUUCGCAAAGCCCAACCGAAGAAAUUCAAUUGGAAAAGAGGAGGGCAGAAUGUCGCUAAGGGUGUCACAAAAGGUCUUAAGGGCGCAUUCUCGAGCGAAGAGAAGCGAGGUCACGGGCAAAAAGAAGGGCAGUAUGCCACGGAGGGUAUGCCGUACGGUGCGAUGUCGCAGCAAGAGUACCCACGAACGGACACCUAUCCUAAAGGUUCGAAUCAAAAUCGUGGGCCUGGGUUUGGGGGCUUUUUCGGAAAUCCCAAAGAGAGACCUCAACAGUGGAAGAAUUCGCCCAACAACAGCUUCCCGGCCGUCAACAAUAGUGAUGGUGCCCCUCGUAAGACUUGUCAUCGCUCUGUGACGAAUCUCGCUAACACGAUAGCAGCGCUUUUUGGCUCAGAGCUGGAGCUUCGUGCUGAAUACGAGCGAUCAAACAUUCCCAGUGUUGUCAUGCGCUGCAUUCAAGAAGUUGACGCGAGAGGCAUGGAUAUCGAAGGCAUCUACCGCAAAUCCGGCAGCUCCAGCCAGGUCACGGCCAUCAAGGACGGCUUCGAGCGCAACAAUGACUAUGACAUUUCCGACCCUGAUCUUGACAUCAACGCCGUGACCUCCUGCCUGAAACAGUACUUUCGCAAAUUACCUACCCCCCUCAUUACUUAUGACGUCUACAAUACCCUCCUCGCAAGCGCGACAUCGCAGGCUAAGCCUGAAGCUGACGCCAGCGAGAAGAUAGCUCACAAAGUCAAUAGCAUGCGGCUGGCUAUCAAUGGGCUUCCGCCUCGCCAUAGAGACACACUAGAGGUUCUCAUCUUCCAUCUAGCACGAAUUGUUGAGCAUGAUCGGGAGAAUCUGAUGACGUCUCUCAAUGUGGCUGUGGUUUUCGCCCCAACCAUAAUGAGACCCGAGAGUCUUGCAAAAGAAAUGCAAGACACGCAGGCCAAGAAUGCUGCUGUGCAGUUCCUCGUUGAAAAUGGCCAUAACAUCUUCUUAGGACGGGAGGAAGAAGAGGAAAGGGUUGAAUAA